AUGAAUACUCAACCUUCAAAUAACUAUCCAAAUGACGUUCAACGAUCUCCUGAUGCUCACAAUCAUGUUGAUGCAACUGCAGUAGCCCAAGUUCACAGUGUUAAGCAUCUUGAUGUUCCGGCUUCCGAUACAGGUCCUGCUACUUCACAAAGCGAAGAUACAAGCACGCAUGCAGUUUCUCUAUCCGAUAUCGUUGAAUGGCCUAUUAUUCCUCGAAAAAUAUCUAAACGCAACAUCAGGAAGAGAAAAUCAACUAUUCUUACGAGCACACCUAUAAAAGGCCAGUUAGAAGAAAAGGAAAACAGAAAAAGAGCUAAAGCAAAAGAAAUCAAGAAAAGAACAGAAAAAGUGCCAAGAGAAGGAUCUCAGAUGAAAAAAGUGAAACGUAGUGAUUAG